AUGCUCAUAGCAUGCGAUCGCUGGUCAGCAGACCCCAAGGCGGCAGCAGCCAAUGGGGGCUUCUACAUGGCUCGCAGCAACGACCGCGUUUUGCAAUUCUUUGACUACUGGCUCGAUGCACACACCCGCUUCCCCGGCAUUCACGACCAGGAUGCAUUCACGCGAGUGCGCCCCGAGGCAGACCCAUACACUCGUGACACGCUCCACCCAUACACCCGCGACACCCUCCGUCUCUCCGUCCACUACCUGCCGACGGACCGCUUUGGCAGUUUCUGCCAGAUUGGGCGGCUGCUGAGGCGGCUGGUCACUGUUCAUGCCAACUGCUGUCUCGGCCUGGAGGGAAAGAUGCGAGUGCUGCAGCAGGUGGGUUGA